AUCUGUUUCUUUACUUCUGCUUUUGGACAGGGGUUGACUGUAACUCCUUCUCACAAUCUAGCAAUGCCUGUGGAUUUCAGUGGAACUUGGAACCUUGCCAGUAAUGACAACUUUGAAGGCUACAUGACAGCUUUAGGCAUUGACUUUGCAACACGCAAGAUAGCAAAAAUGCUGAAGCCUCAGAAAGUGAUCAAACAGGAUGGCGAUUCUUUUUCCAUCCAUACUACAAGCACAUUCAGAGACUACAUGCUCCAAUUCAAAAUUGGUGAAGAGUUUGAGGAAGACAAUAAAGGCCUGGAUAACAGAAAAUGCAAGAGCCUGGUUACCUGGGACCAUGACAAACUUGUCUGUGUCCAGGCUGGGGAGAAGAAGAACAGGGGCUGGACUCACUGGCUCGAAGGAGAUGACCUCCAUUUGGAGCUUCGUUGUGAGAAUCAAAUAUGUAAGCAAGUAUUCAAGAGAGCUUAAAUAUCAGCAUUGGUUCCAACAUGGAAAGACAGCAGGAGGUCAUGCAUUCUGGUGUCCAGUGAUAACUGAAAAUACAAAACCUGAUUUCUUUCUAAACAAACACUCUGUUUCUGUCUCAAGAAAUACUACUGGUUGUUAGCAGUGUCAAAGAUCUGAUUUUUGCUAAUAAACACCACAAAACAUCUUAA